AUGUACAUGAGUGUGAGUGGAGCGAGAGCAAAGAAGUACUCGUCUUUUUAGCCUCUGCAUGCUGGACCGCACAACGUUUUAGUGAGUAAACACACAGCCCACACCAUACAAGGAGCCUCUCCAUUCUGGACUGCACAACUGUUUAGUGAGUAAACGCACAGUGCACACUACACCAUACAAGGAGUGAUCGUUCAGAAGCUGAUUAAGAGAACGGAAAGGAGAGAAACAAUGGCUCCAAGUAGAGCAAGAAAAGACAGCUUUGAUGAAGACGACGACGACGACGAUGAGAUGUAUGGAAAGCUCAUCGCCCCGGAUGAUUUUAAUGACGGUAGCGUUACCAACCGGCGAUGUACCGACUGUCUUUGCGCACUCCUUUUGAUUCUGGUGUGGUUGGUGACGACAGCAAUUGGCUUUUACGCUAUCAACUACGGCGACAUUCGCCUUGUCAUUCACCCAAUUGACUACGACGGAAAUGUUUGCGGUACAGAUUUUCGUGAAGACAUGACAGAUUAUCCAUACCUUCUCUACGUAAACUCCUAUACUGGAGGAGUUUGCGUAAAUGAAUGCCCUUCUCUUGUAGGACAAGUUGCCAACAAUGUAUCCGACAUCCGAACUCUGGUGACUUAUGCAGGAGUUUGGCAGCCGUCUUAUGGUGAAUCAGAGCUGCCGUUGGACUUUGUCCAGGUUGCUCCCUACUAUGUCAACUCCUCCGACGCACUAUUCUGCACGGACAGCUUGUGCUUCCCAGAUAAUUCUGCCAUUGCUUCGUGGCACUCAGCUGGGAUCAGCAAAGGCUUUGGCUUCGCCUAUUACGCUGGUGACACCUAUGAGCUAUUUUGGCGUUGUUACUUGACCUCGGAUGCUGAAAGAGCCAUUCAAAACCAAACUCAGGCCGAAAAAGUAUUGGAAAUCCCAAAUCCAUCCGAACUGCUGUUGAAUCUCUAUUCUGAUGUCUACGCAACCUUUGACUAUGUGUUUGGAUUUGGUUUUGGAGUGGCACUGGGCGUCAGUUUCCUUUACGUGUUUCUAAUGCGACUACCAUGCCUACUGUCAAUUAUGAUUUGGGGUUCCAUUGGACUCACGUGGGCCAUGUUUGGAGCUGCCGGGUAUUUCAGCUUUGCAAAUGCUGCCAUGUUCAGCUCAGAAACUCCCAGACGGGUAUCCGAUCAAUGGAUUACAGUUCUUUAUGGGGUGAGCAUGGUUUGCUUUGUCAUUCUGGCGAUUUUGGUAUCCAUCACAUGCUGCUUGAUACAACAAAUCCAAAUGUCUAUCGGCUGCGUGAGAGCUGCAGCUAGGGCAAUCAACCGGAUGCCGGGAAUCCUGAUUGUUCCAGUCUUACAGUCGAUGGUCUUUAUUGGUGCUCUCGGGACGUUUGCCAUUUAUGGUGCUUACUUGGCAUCCAUGGGGAAAAUCAACGUGUUGGAGUUCCCAAUUGACAUUGAUUCUGGCGCUGAGAUUGCAGUUCGGACGUAUGGUUUCGAUGGGAAUGUCGAGAUAUGUGCAUGGUUCCUCUUGUUUGUUGCCUUUUGGACGAGCAACUUCAUUGUGGCUGUUGGGGACCUGACAGUUGCAAUGUCUGUAGCUCGAUGGUACUUCCAGAAGGAGAAGAGACGGAUUGGGAGCUGUGUCGUUUUGGGAAGCCUCGCAAACACACUCUACUACCACACGGGUACACUCGCCUUUGGGUCCCUUCUCAUUGCCCUAGUACAGCUUGUACGAGCCCUGCUAGAACGAAUCAGAAGAACCAUCAAGAAAGCAGACAACAAAAUUGCCAACACGAUGAUAUGCUGCUGUCAGUGUUGCUUCUGUAUGCUUGAAGCAUGUCUCAGAUUUAUGAACAAAAAUGCUUGGAUACAGACAGCCAUCUUUGGCACGUCAUUCUGUCAGUCUUCACGCCAAGCCUUCUACUUGAUGCUACGGAACGCUGGCCGUGUGGGGGCAGUGUCCUACGUGAGCUCGUCCAUUCUUGUGGUUGGGAAGGUGUUCAUUAGCACCGUGACCACUGGACUUUCCUACAUUGCCCUUAUUGAUGCCGAGGCAGAAUUGCACCACGUUGGCGGACCUUUGGUGAUUAUCUUCUUCAUCUCCUACAUUGUCUCGGACAUAUUCAUGGGCGUGUUCGAUAUAUCCAUCAAGACAAUAUUGCAUUGCUUUGUAGCGGAUGAAGAAAUGUUCGACGGAGAAUACGCUGAAGGGGCAAUCGUUAGGUUUAUCGAUACAUACAACCAGGAGCUCGACCAAGAACAUAUGGGGGUACCGGUAAAGGGUGGCAGCAAAAGAUCUCCAAGACGAUAGACAUGCGAAGCAAGCACGGGGUUUAGCAACGUACAUAAUUCAUUGAAUGCAGCAAGCACAUCACAGCUAACAUGGACAUAACAUCCGAAGUAUAUACUAGUAAGCCGAAUUAGUUUCACAAACUUGUUUCAUUAAGA